GCUCAGUUGGUAGAGCGUGUCAUUAGCAUGAUCAUCUCAUUUCUUGACAAGGUCUUUGGUUCGAUUCCUAACUCGUCCAUGUCUUCUAUUUUUGUCCGUGCCCAAUCCACGCGGAACUUCGGCAUUCAACACCGAGCACCGCGUCGGUCAACUCCGCAUCUCAUCUCGGGCACAUGCUUGACCGGUGGCCCACGGGGUACGCCGUCCGUCUUGGCCUCGUAGCGUUCUAGUCUCACAUUCUGUAGCCCAUAUCUUGGCCUGCCCACUGUCUCUCUUCUUUGCUUUCUCCCUCACAUCGCAAACAUGACUGUCUCACAGGCUUCCACCGAUGGCGUGUUCCGCAUUGCCGCGUUCAGCGGGUACUCGGGCGACCGCUCGGACGCGCUCAAGGACCAGGCGGCGCGCUCGGGCUGCGAUAUUCUCUUCGGCGACUACCUUGCUGAGAUGAACCUCGCGACGCGCGCGCUCGAAAUGCGCAAGUUCCCCGAGCUCGGGUACGAGCGCAAUUUCCUCCACCACCUGAAGAUCGCUGCGUCCGUGAUCGCGGAAAAGCGCCCGAAGAUCAUCACGAACGCGGGUGCCCUGAACCCGCGCGGGCUCGCCGAGGCCGUGGUGGCCCUGCUGGAACAGGAGGGCAUCGAGGACCUGCAAGUUGCGUACGUGGAGGGCGACAACUUGAUCGAUCGUUUGGACGAGCUCGCCGCGGCGGGCGAGACGUUCCCGCACCUCGAGGACUAUGCGCGCCCGCUCUCUUCGUGGCGCCUCAAGCCGGCCAGCGCGAACGCGUACGUCGGCGCGCGCGGCAUCGUCGCCGCCCUGCGCGCCGGCGCCGACAUUGUCAUCAGCGGGCGCUGCACGGACGCGUCGCCCGUCAUCGCUGGCGCGGCGUGGUUCCACGGCUGGCGGUGGGACCAGUACGACGAGCUCGCGGGCGCGCUGCUCGCGGGCCACUGUGUCGAGUGCGGCGCGUACGUCACCGGCGGCAACUCGAGCGGCUUCCGCGCCCUCAAGGACCAGUACUUCAACUUUGCGAUGGGCAUCGCCGAGAUCGCAAAGGACGGGACAUUCGUCGUCACAAAGCAACCCGAGAUGAACGGCGUCGUCACGGACGUGACGGUGCGCUCGCAGAUCCUCUACGAGAUCCAGGGGAAUGUGUACCUCAACCCGGACGUGCAGGCGCUCAUCGACGACAUCCGUGUGACGGACCUCGGACGCAACCGCGUGCGCGUGGACGGCGUGCGCGGCGUCGCGCCGCCCGAGACGACCAAGGUCGGCAUCUGCGGCGUGGCCGGAUACCAGGCCGAGUGCUGGGUCGCCGCGACAGGCCUGGACAUCCCCGACAAGUUCGAGGUGAUGAAGCGGCAGAUCUACGAGAACUUGGGCCCGAAGAUCAAGGAGUUUGACGUGUUCGACAUGACGCAGUACGGCGUGCCGAAGGAGAACGCGCGCACCGAGGCAGAGGGCACGGCGAUGCUCCGCGUCAUGGUGCAGGCGAAGAGCCUCGACGCAUUCGGGCCCGCCGGGCACCUCCUGCCCCUCGUCAACCCCGACGGGCUGGGCCACUUCCCCGGCUUCCAGUGGCAGAUGGACAGCCGUACCUGCAUCCCCGUCCCGUUCAUGGAGUACUGGCCGGCGCGGGUGCACGUGCGCCACCUGCCGCUGACGGUGCGCUUCGUCGGCAGCCUGUUGAAGAUCCCCGUCGACCCGAUCUCGCCGGCCGAGACCAAGCCCGUCGUGCCGCAGCGCGACUACGACCCGCCCGCGUUCGCGGACAAGUGGGGGCCCACGACGCCCGGCCCGCUCGGGUGGGUCGUGCACGCGCGCUCCGGCGACAAGGGCGGAAAUGCGAAUGUCGGCUUCUUCGUCCGCCACAAAGACGAGUACGAGUGGCUCCGCACGCUGCUGAGCAAAAGCAAGAUGGUCGAGCUCCUCGGCGACGAGUUCAAGGGUAACCGCAUCGAGCGCGUCGAGUUCCCCGGCAUGCUCGCCGUGCACUUUGUCGUGCACGACUACCUUGGCCGCGGCGUCAGCUCGACGGUCCGCAUGGACUCGCUCGCUAAGGGCGUCGCGGAGUUCCUGCGUGCCCGCCACGUUGAUAUCCCCAACAAGUUCCUGCUAAAGAGUAAGAUUUAGUCGAUAGAGUGAAGGGCGCGGGGGAGGGGUUGUACGGUCAUCAGCAGUGAAUGCAAGGUUCAGAUAUAAGU